GCCACGGAGAUGGCGGGGGGGGCGCCGGGCUGAGGGUAGCGGCGGGAGGGGAGAGCGGAGCGGGGCCGCAGCCCUCGGGCAGAUACCGGUGAGGUUAAAAAGGUUUGGAGGGCAGCUGAGUAAACCUGGGGCUGGCAACGGAAGGAUGGCAGCGAACCCUUCCGGACAAGGUUUCCAGAAUAAAAACAGGGUUGCAAUCCUGGCAGAACUAGAUAAGGAAAAGAGAAAGUUACUUAUGCAAAACCAGUCUUCCACAAAUCACCCUGGAGCCAGCAUUGCACUUGCAAGAUCCCCACUGAACAAAGAUUUCCGUGACCACGCCGAGCAGCAGCACAUCGCGGCACAGCAGAAAGCUGCACUGCAGCAUGCACACGCGCAUUCCUCAGGAUACUUCAUAACUCAAGACUCUGCCUUUGGAAAUCUCAUUCUUCCUGUCUUACCUCGGCUGGAGGCAGAGUGAGGAACAUUGUUUUUUGGAACUGCAGGGUCUGAUUCCAUAGCAGGAACUGUCUGACGUUUGCAUGUCUUUAUUUACUUUAAAACCUAAUUUUUUCCUGAUGGUUGUGUUUGCCUUUUGGGAGCGUGAGCUCUAGCAAUGACAAAGCUGUGAUGUUGUUGAACAGCAGUUUUUAUUCUGCGUUUCUGUCCCUCUGCCGGGGCAAAGGCAGAAGUCAGGCUUCCCUGGUGUGUGCCACGCAUGGUGCUUGCUCUUCCCCAGUUUUGUGCUUCCUUUAAAUAAACUUCCACACCAGAGUUGCCGAGAGAUGCA